AACUGAAAACAGCCGCCGGUGUCAGCAAAAAUAAAUUAAUAACCACAUCUUCAGGGAAAUUUGCUAUUCCAUGCUGUGAGAACUGUCCUGCAACAUGUUUGUGACAACUCACAUCCGCUGCGACUCACAUUUUGAGAAAAUGUCCAAAGUUCAGCCUGAUUUUCAACACAAACCGGGUUAAACGCCGGAAGAAGCAUCAAUAAUUUACUUAGUAAACUUCAGAGGAAGUUAUUAUUUUGCUGUUAUGUACAGCAUUCCCUGCCCUGCGCCCCUACAAGUUACACAAUGUUUUUUGGAGCAUCUGAAGCUUCCAGAGCAUUUCAUCAGAAAUGACAGACUGACGCACCAGUGGGAGGUUGCUCCGCUUUUCCCAAGCUCUCAAUGAAGCCCUGGGUUCCUGCUCACUGAGCCGUGACGUGGGCGGGAGGAGGGGCCAGCCUCGCGCUUAAAUACUCGCCUCCAGUCCCGCAGUUCAGACAGAAACCCACAGCAAAGACAACCUCAGCCUCUCCGCAGACUGAAAGCAUCCUUAUCCGCUUUUUACGCACAGUCCGCGCAGACAAGACAGCAUCAUGAUUAAAAAAAUGUCGCCAUCAGAGAGCGAUUUCGACAUCCCAGCCAAGAACUGCUACAGGAUGGUGAUUUUGGGAUCCACCAAAGUUGGGAAAACGGCCAUCGUGUCCCGUUUUCUGAACGGGAGGUUCGAAGAGCAGUACACUCCGACCAUCGAGGACUUUCACAGGAAACUGUACAGCAUCAAGGGAGACGUUUACCAGCUGGACAUACUGGAUACAUCAGGGAAUCACCCUUUCCCCGCCAUGAGGAGACUAUCCAUACUGACAGGUGACGUCUUCAUCCUCGUCUUCAGCCUGGACAACCGAGACUCCUUCCAGGAGGUGCAGCGCCUCAAGCGCCAGAUUUUCGAGACUAAGUCGUGCCUGAAAAACAAAAUCAAAGAGAACAUCGACGUGCCUCUGGUGAUCUGCGGGAACAAGGGGGACCGAGAGUUUUACCGGGAGGUGCAGCAGGAGGAGAUCGAGCAGCUCGUGGCCGGGGACGAGAAGUGCGCGUACUUCGAGAUCUCCGCCAAGCGCAACGAGAACGUGGAUAAGAUGUUUCAGACUCUGUUUACCUUGGCCAAACUACCUCACGAGAUGAGCCCCGACCUGCACCGGAAAGUGUCCGUGCAGUACUGCGACAUGCUGCACAGAAAGUCGCUGAAAAAUAAGAAGAUGAAGGACAUUGGGGAGGCGUUCGGGAUGGUGACCCCGUGCGCACGGAGACCCAGCGUGCACAGCGACCUCAUGUACAUUAAGGAGAAGGCGAUAGGAGGCGGGCAGGGGAAGGACAAAGAGAGGUGUGUGAUCAGUUAAGCACGUGAGAAGCACAAACUCAACACGCGUCUUUGAAAAAAAGGAGAAGGAGCCUGGUGCGUCAGCUUGAGAAGCGACCUGUGUGGCCGGCUGCGCGUAAACUGGCACAGGAGGUGUGGAGCCGCCGCCGCAGCGCGCUCCGGCGCAGCGCCGUCUCCAAGGGACACUGGCCAGUCCGCCAAAAAAAAAAAGAGACUCUGCCCACGAGACAUUUGCUUGUUCUGUCAAUCAGAGCCCAGUGUGUGACGUGGCUUGAUGCCUUGUGAGACUCGCGCAUCGAAAAAUGCGUAAAAAUGUGUUUUGUUGACAUCAUGACGCCUUUAGGAGGAGAGAAAAGAGACUCUUGGCUCAGGAGGAGCAACGUUCUGGGGGGAAAAAAUUGUUUACAUCUUAUCAUGUGUUUUAUAAUGCUCGGUACACUUGAAUGUUUCGUUGCAAUCUGAAUCUUUUUUAUUGUGAAUGUAUAUUUAUUGUUAAUGUUAAUUUUUGCAAAGAAGUCAAAAGAAAAUCUUAAUAUAAUAAAACAAACUAAAAUAUA